AUGGAUUCGAUGAAUGAUAAUUCACGUGAAGGAAGUUGUGAUAAGGACCAGAAUUUUAUUACAAAUCGAUUACCUAACAAAAAUGUUCUAAUUAAAGGGAGAAAUUUUGAAUUCGCCAUUGGCCGAUUAAUUUCCCAUGGACGAUUUGGUGCUGUAUACGAGGUACUAAGGCGUACAGAUGGAAGACGUUUUGCAGUAAAGUUAGAAAUAUGUGACACACAUUCUCAUGGCUUAAAUAUGGAUUACAUUGUAUUGUCACAAGCUACAAAAGUCUCAUGUGAACAUAUUGCAAGUCUAAUCGAUCAGGGUAAAAUCGAGGGGCAUUUCAAAUUCAUCGUUAUGAAAAUGCUUGGUGACAAUCUGCAUAAACUGAGACAUGCAUUUGUUGAAUGUCACUUUUCGUUAUCAACUUCACUUCGACUUGGAAUUCAGACACUAGCUGCUUUGGAAGAAUUGCAUUCAAUGGGAUUUGUCCACAGGGAUGUUAAAGCAUCAAAUUUUGCAAUAAGCGAUCCUGCUGAAUCAAAAAUGAAUGUGUAUUUAAUUGAUUUCGGACUCUGUCGAAUGUAUCGAAAUCUCAAGGAUGGAAUUAAACCACCUAGGAAUAAAACUUCAUUUAGAGGGACUGCACGUUACGCAUCACUGGCAGCACAUCGAGAGGAGGAAAUAUCGCCGAAAGACGAUCUCGAGUCGUGGUUCUAUAUGCUUAUCGAAAUGCUUUCUGGAGAACUUCCAUGGGGUAAUAUUCAUCGAACAGAUCGUAAACAAAUUGAGCGUAAAAAGGAGCAGUGUCGAUCAUCCGAUGCACUUAAAACACUCCUCAAAGACUGCCCAAAGGUUGAAUUUCGACGUAUUCUGAAUUACAUUGAUUCCUUGACAUAUCAUAGUCAGCCGGAUCACAAGUUUUUAACACAAAUGCUACAACUAACAAUGAAAAAUUACGGUGUGAAAAUGGAUGAACCGUACGACUGGGACGAUGAAUUACAGACACAUCUCAAUUGA